GGCGAGGGAAAUCUCGUGCGAUGUGUGGGGAGCGGAAAGGCCACACCUUGAAACCAUUACCUGAAAGUGAGAGAAAGAAAGACAAGUCAAAUCCAAAGAAAGAAAGAAAGAAAGAAAGAAAGAACGAACGCUGCGUUUGUUGGGUGCGAAGAGGAGUCCGGUGCGUGGGAGACAACAGCGGAACUGUCUAAUCGAAGUCAGCGGGAAAAAGGCGCAGGUGUAGUCGAGCCCGGGCUGCUGCUGCCGCUGGGAGUUUCGCUUGAGCUCACACAGUGCGGAAGAAGGAAGAGGCUCAAACAAGGGAGUGUCCGGUACCUGUGUACGAUUCCCCCGGAGGUUUGAACCUGAGUGUGGGAAUAAGCCGCUACUCAAGCUUGUGACUUUACAACUACUUCAGUAAGAGUCCCACUUCCUAAAGGGAGAAGGGGCAGCACAUCUCCCCUCUAUCCUCCCUUUCCAGCAUGAAGGACAGCGACUCUAUGAUGAAGUAUAACAACAGACCCCAGAGCCUGAAUGGAUUUGAGGAAGGAGUAGAAUUUCUUCCUGCUACAAACUCCAAGAAAGUUGAGAAGACCGGGCCUAAGAAGAAACUAGCUAUAUUUGGCUUGGUGAUUGGUGCAGCACUCCUCUCACUCACUAUCGGUCUACUAGUUUGGCACUUUGCAUACCGCAACAAACCAGUAAACAAACUCUACACAGGCUAUUUGACAAUUGCAAAUACCCCAUUCAUUGAUGCGUAUGAAAACUCAACAACGGCAGAAUUUUCAGAUCUCUCUGCAAAGGUCAUCGAUACGCUUCAAACUGUAUAUAAUGGAAAUAAAGAUAUAGCACCCUAUCUCCAGAAGUGCAGUAUCAGUGCAUUUAGUGAAGGAGGUGGAAAUAAUGUUAUUGGAUAUUACUGGUCUGAAUUUUCCGUGCCUGCUUUCCGCGAGGCAGCCUUUGAGAAAGCCAUCUCAGAACUGAAGCUCCCGAGUGUGAACCCACGUCAGCGAACGUUUGCCGUGGAUUCUCUUGUUGCUUACCCUACAGAUCCUCAGAUUGCUCGUGUUUUUAAAAAUAGUAGCUGUGCUUACUUUCUACAUUCCAGUAAUGGGGUUGUGGCAAAAUUUUCUUCUCCUGGUUUCCCUGAUUCACCAUAUCCACGAAAUGCUAGAUGUCUAUGGACUCUGCGUGCAGAUGCUGGGCGUAUAAUACAUCUCCAUUUCAAAACUUUUAAAAUGGAGAAAUGCAAACCCAAUGGAGGGGAUUUUGUGAUGGUGUAUGACUCUCUCAGCCCAAUAGAGCCUCGAGCUCAGAUAAGGCUGUGUGGAAUUUACCCUCCAUCCUACAAUCUUACCUUCUUUUCAUCUUCGAAUGUGAUGUUGGUGACACUUGUUACAGAUAAUGUAGGGAAAUUUCCAGGGUUCCUAGCCGAGUUCAAACAGCUUCCAAAAACGUCACUUUGUGGAGGACUUAUCAGAGAUGCUAGUGGGUUUAUUACAUCUCCUUACUUUCCAGCACAUUAUCCACCCAGCACAGAAUGUAUUUGGGAUAUACAGGUUCCUGACAAUAAAUUUGUGAAAGUGCGGUUUAAUAUGUUCUACUUGGCAGAACCAGGUGUACCUGUUACUAAAUGUACAAAAGACUUUGUGGAGAUUAAAGGUCAAAAAUAUUGUGGUGAGAAGGAAUUUUUCGUUGUUUCAAACAACAGCAGCAAAAUGUCUGUUCGUUUCGUCUCGGACCAGUCAUAUACUGACACAGGGUUUACAGCGGAGUACCUGUCCUAUGAACCACGCAAUCCAUGUCCAGACCAGUUCACUUGCAGGAGUGGUCGGUGUAUCAGACUGGACCAGAAGUGUGAUGGAUGGAAUGACUGUGAAGACUUCAGUGAUGAAAUGAGUUGCACAUGCACAGCACUGCAAUUCCGUUGCGUAAACAGUAAGCUCUGCAAGCCCAGUUACUUUAUCUGUGAUGGGGUGAAUGAUUGUGGAGACAGCAGUGAUGAACUCGCAUGCAAAUGCCCAAACAACACAUUUAAAUGUGGCAAUGGCAAGUGCAUUCCAGACUCGCAAAAAUGUGACCGGGUAGAUAACUGUGGAGAUGGCUCUGAUGAAGCAGAAUGUGAUCAGGUUCUAACCACUGCUUGUACAGAAUAUACAUACAAAUGCAAGAACAAUCAGUGCAUAACUAAGAAGAACCCAGAAUGUGAUGGGGAAAAUGACUGCAGUGAUGGCUCUGAUGAGAACGCUGCUAAAUGCAAUUGUGGUAAACGUCCAUUCACAAAGAAAUCAAGAAUUGUCGGUGGUGUGAAUGCAGACACUGGAGAGUUUCCCUGGCAGGUCAGCUUGCAUGCAAAGGGCAAUAAACACACGUGUGGAGCCUCUCUGGUUUCCCCUACAAUGUUGAUUUCUGCUGCUCACUGCUUCCAGGAUGAUCAUCAAAUGAGGUAUUCUGAUGCUUCCCUAUGGACGGCAUACUUGGGCUUACACGAUCAAGCACAACUCAAUACUAAGGAUGUUGUGGAACGCAAGAUAAAACGCAUUAUGGCACACAUAGGUUUUAAUGAUAAUACAUACGAUAAUGAUAUAGCCGUGCUGGAGCUAGAAAAACCUGUGGAAUAUACUGAUUUUAUCCAGCCCGUCUGUAUUCCAGAAAGCACACAUGACUUUCCUGUGGGAAAACCUAUAUGGGUGACAGGAUGGGGUGCCUUAAAGGAAGGAGGUGGUGCAGCUGUUAUACUGCAAAAGGCAGAAAUUCGAAUCAUAAACCAGACUGAAUGUAACAAACUUUUGGAUGGUCAGUUAACUCCUCGCAUGUUGUGUGCUGGCUUUGUCAGUGGAGGAAUCGAUGCUUGCCAGGGAGAUUCUGGAGGUCCCUUGUCAAGUGUAGAGCUUAACAACAAGGUGUACUUGGCUGGAGUUGUCAGUUGGGGAGAAGGAUGUGCUCGAAGAAACAAGCCUGGGGUCUACACAAAAGUCUCUAUGAUGAGAGACUGGAUCAAAGAUAAAACUGGCCUGUAAUGGAAAUCCACCAAAUAUGAAUAUACAGAACAUUGGUUUUUUUUUUGUUUGUUUUUUUACAUAUUUUGUUUUUCUUUUAAAUACUUUUCAGAGUGUAACAUAACCGUGGUCAACAAAUUUUGCAAUAAGACAAGAGGAGGAGCUUUGAGCCAUUUCUUACUCUACCUCAAUACUGUCUUGUUGGACAUGCCUUACUGUCAGUAGGCACAAGACUUUAAGCAAUUAUUUGUUGCCCUACUUCUCACUUUCAUACCAGAAAAGGACAAUAUACAUCAGUUAAAGAAUGGGAAAAUUCUGCAGGCUUCAACCUUGUUACUAACGGGGAGAAGCCACAAAGAUGUCACGUAGUAGGACACGAGAAAAUGCACUCUGAUUUGGAAGUUCUCUGAAGUAUAGUGGGGGCAAGGAGCUGCAAUAAGGGAGACCAAUGAAAUCCUGAACUGCCCUUUAACUGAAGAACUAAAACAACAAAUCCACUGCUUUAUUUCACUGUGAGCUUUCAGAUCAUUUUAUGAACCUUUGUUUUCUAUAAAAUGUUACUUAAUUUGGAAUUCUAGAACAUGUCUGUGUCAAUCUAUAAACAAUCAGUUUUGUUACUGAACAAUA